GGACAGGUAUAAAAACACUGUUCACUCAUUAAAAACGGUCUUUUUCUGUCUGACCGCUAACAGACUAAAGUGCUGAAGAGACAAAACAUUGAUUCAAUUAAUCCACGUGGUUAAUUUAAUUUAAUUUAAUUACAUUACAAUAAAAACAAAUUUGAAAAAUGGCAGAUUAUGUUAUUGGUGAUAAUAAAAAAACAUCAGAAAUAAUUGUACCAGAUGAUGGAAUGUCUGCUGCUGAAUUAUUCAACAAGGGUGAUGGUUUAACUUACAAUGAUUUUAUCAUAUUACCUGGUUAUAUUGAUUUUAUUGCUGAAGAUGUUGAUUUAUUAUCAUCAUUAACUAAAAAAAUAACAUUAAAAGCACCAUUGGUAUCAUCACCAAUGGACACUGUCACUGAGUCAGACAUGGCGAUUGCAAUGGCACUUUCUGGUGGUAUUGGUAUUAUUCAUCAUAAUUGUACACCAGAGUAUCAAGCAAGUGAAGUACACAAGGUAAAAAAAUACAAGCAUGGUUUUAUUCGUGAUCCAGUUGUUUUAUCACCAAAUCAUACUGUAACUGAUGUACUCAAGGUCAAAGCAGAACAUGGUUUUUGUGGUAUACCAAUAACUGAAAAUGGUAAAAUUGGUGGUAAAUUAAUUGGCAUUGUGACAUCACGUGAUAUUGAUUUUCUUGAAGAUAAACCAAAUCAACAAAAUCUUAAACUUGAAACAAUAAUGACACAACUUGAUAAAUUAGUAACAGCAAAAUCAGGUGUAACAUUACAAGAAGCAAAUAGUAUACUUGAAAAAUCUAAAAAAGGUAAAUUACCAAUUGUCAAUGAAAAAGGUGAAUUGGUCUCAUUGAUGGCUAGAACAGAUUUAAAAAAAAAUCGUAGUUAUCCAAAUGCAAGUAAAGAUAAAAAUAAACAAUUGCUAGUUGGUGCUGCAAUUGGUACACGUGAUGCUGAUAAAGAACGUUUACAAUUAUUAGCACAAGCUGGUGUUGAUGUUAUUGUAUUGGAUUCAUCACAGGGUAAUUCAAUAUAUCAAAUAAAUAUGAUAAAAUAUAUUAAAUCCGAGUAUCCUGAGUUGCAAGUUAUUGGUGGUAAUGUUGUAACAACAAUGCAAGCUAAAAAUUUAAUUGAUGCUGGUGUUGAUGGUUUACGUGUUGGUAUGGGUUCUGGUUCAAUAUGUAUUACACAAGAAGUCAUGGCUGUUGGUAGAGCACAAGCAACAGCUGUUUAUAAAGUAUCAGAAUAUUCAAGACGUUAUGGUGUACCAGUUAUUGCUGAUGGUGGUAUACAAUCAAUUGGACAUAUUAUGAAAGCAUUGUGUCUUGGUGCAAGUACUGUUAUGAUGGGUUCAUUACUUGCUGGUACAUCUGAAGCACCUGGUGAAUAUUUCUUUAGUGAUGGUGUUAGAUUGAAAAAAUAUCGUGGUAUGGGAUCACUUGAAGCUAUGAAUAGAAAAGAUGCCAAGGGAUCAGCAAUGGAUCGUUAUUUUCACAAUGAAAUGGAUAAAAUGAAAGUUGCACAAGGUGUCAGUGGUUCAAUUGUUGAUAAAGGAUCUGUACUUAAAUUUAUACCAUAUUUGCAGUGUGGUAUUAAACACAGUUGUCAAGAUAUUGGUGCCAAAUCUGUUGGUGCACUUAGAACACUCAAUGCUAGUGGUGAAUUGAGAUUUGAAAGACGAUCAAAUUCAGCACAAGCUGAGGGAAAUGUUCACAGUCUUUUUUCAUAUGAAAAAAGACUUUUUUAAAUAACGACAUUUUAUUAUUAUUUUUUUUUGUCAUUUUCAUUUAUUAUUUUCUUUUUUUUUUUAUUCGUUAGAAUAGUUGUAAAAUAAUUUUGAUAAAAAUAUUACACUUUGAUGGAAAAUUAAUUUCCUUUUUUCUUGUUACGCUCUAUACACUUUUUUUUUUUUUUUUUUAAAUAGUUAAAUCAUUGAACCAUAAUGCAACAAGCAAUAAUUAAACAUAAAAUAAUUAACUAUUUAAAAUGCCAAAAUAAAA